AUGCCGAUCGGACGGCCAUCGCGAGGUGUGCCAGGCCGCGGCGUGGGUCGGUCAGCGUGGCGAGGCGGCGCCGUGGUGGCGCGCACGUCGCUGUGGGACGCGGUGCAAGGCAGCGGCAGUGGCGAGGGCGGGGGGCAGCCGUGGGGGCUGGCAGUAUCAGGGGAGGAGCCGCUGGGGUACAGCGAUGAGGAGGUCGAAGGCAUCGUGCCUCUCACUGACGACGCAGAGGCGUUUGGGCCUGAGGCGUUGUUGCUGCUUGGCUUGACACCUGACGAGAUUGAGAAGGUUCGAGCAGCGCUGGCUGAAGCAGAGGCCAGCUUCAUCUCGCGCUGGCUGAAGCAGAGGCCAGCUUCAUUUCGGUACGCUCCUCUUCUGCUCCGCUGUGCUGCUCCCCAUUGCUUCUUCCCGCUGCUGCUCCUCUUUGGCAUCGUUCCCUCUGCUGGAGCAGACGGCUCAGUGGCGGACGUCACUCUGUGGGACGCCACGGAGAGGCCAGCCCCUCCCUCUUUACCCUCUGUCUGUCCUUGCGUCCCCAUCAACCCUUCUGAAUCGCACCCAACCGCACCCAACCGUCUUGCCCGUCCCCAUCAGCUGCUAUCAGCAGACGAGUCAGUGGCGGAUAUCACUCUGUGGGACGCCAUGGAGAGGGCCGCCCAGCCCUUCCCCUCCGUGCGUGCGCCAUCUGUAGCCGCUGCCCCGCAACCACAGGUGCGCUGCCUGCUGCAUCUGACAGCAGCAGCGUGUGGCCCGAACAACGUGGGCGAGAGGGUGUGCAUCGUGUCAGGGCUGUCAGGCAUUGAGAUCAUGGACCUGGUGGAGAUCAUCAGCAGCCUGGACAUUCCCCGCAUGGAGUAUGCAGCCAAUGCUGCUCAGCACUUCCACAUGUACCAAGGACGAGCCAUGGUGCCCAAGUCGGCAGCCAGGCCAGUGAAGGAGGUGGUGAUUAAGCAAUCAUUCUCUCCUCUUCUCUCCUCCUUCCCCCUGCCCCCGCUGACAUACCGCCCAUGGACCAUGGACAUCCCGCCCAUGGUGUAUGCAGCCAUGGUGCCCAAGUCAGCAGCCAGGCCAGUAAGGGAGGUGGUGGAGGAUCUGGUGGCUGACCACCGCCUGCUGUACAGCCAGUCGGAUCGCAUCGAUGCAAAUCCGCUCGCGGCGCCACCUAUCCGCAAAUCCGCACGCGGCGUCGCGCUACAAAUCUGCUCGCAGCGGCGCCUCGCCGCCCCACGCUACCUCCUCACGCCACCGCGAUCACGCGGGCCGCGCCACACACUGCGGGCCCUCGUGCGCCUCCCAAUAUCUUUAGUCCGCUGCCCUCUCCCAAUUUACGGCCUCCCGAUCUCCCAUUACCGCCUCCCAUUCUCCCCUUCAAACCUCCCCUUCUCCCCUUACCACCUCCCUGCAUCCACACCUCCUCUCACUGCAUCCCCAUCUCCCCUCUCUGCAUCCCCAUGUCCCCAUUAUCUCCCCAUCCAACCCCAUUCCGCCACGUCCCUACCCGCAUCGCCGCUUCCCUCCCUUCCCUGCCUUCCCUGCCUUCCCUGCCUUCCCUCCCUUUCAUCUCUUCCCUCCCAUCCUUCCCUCCCGUCCCUCCCGUCCCUCCGUCCCUCCCGUCCCUCUCUUCCCUCCCGUCCCUCCCCGUCCCUCUUUCCUCCGUCCCUCCCGUCCCUCCCGUCCCUCUCUUCCUCCCGUCCCUCUCUUCCUCCCGUCCCUCCCUUCUCUCCCUGCGCUCCCUCCCUCCCUUCCCUUCCUUCCCUCCCUUCUCUCCCUUCCCUCCCUUCUCUCCCUUCCCGCCCUUCUCUCCCUUCCCGCCCUUCUCUCCCUUCCCGCCCUUCUCUCCCUUCCCGCCCUUCCCUUCCUUCCCUCCCUUCUCUCCCUUCCCGCCCUUCUCUCCCUUCCCGCCCUUCCCUUCCUUCCCGCCCUUCUCUCCCUUCCCGCCCUUCUCUCCCUUCCCGCCCUUCCCUUCCUUCCCGCCCUUCUCUCCCUUCCCGCCCUUCUCUCCCUUCCCGCCCUUCUCUCCCUUCCCGCCCUUUCUCUCCCUUCCCGCCCUUCAGUCCCUCCGUGCCUACCUCCCUCUUCAACUCUCCCUUCCCUGCCUACCCUCCCUUCCCUCCAUCCCUCCCUUCCCCCUUUCCCAUCAAUCCCUCCCUUCCCUUCCCCCCCCCCGUCUCUCCCUUCCCUCCCUGUCCCCCUUCCCUCUUUCCCUCCCUUCCCUCCCUUCUCUCCCUUCUCUCCCUUCCCUCCCUCCCUCCUUUCCCUCCUUUCCCUCCGUUCUCUCCCGUCCCUCGCUUCCCUCCUUCCCUCCCUUCCCUGCCUUCCCUCCCUAACCUCCCUUCUCUCCCUUCCCUCCCGUCCCUCCCUUCUCUCCCUUCUCUCCCUUCUCGCCCUUCCCUCCCUAACCUCCCUCCUCCCCAUCUUCUCAACCCCUCUUCCCUUCCUUUCCCUGCAUCCCCAUCUUCCCGCCCUGCAUACCUCUCUCCCCUUCCUGCUUCCCCAUAUCCACUGCAUAUUUCCCCAUCUCCCCUCCCUGCAUCCUCCCUAAACCCUUCCUUGCUUCUCCUCACUUAUCCCCCGCCCCCUCCUGCCUCCUUCAUUCCCCCCCCUGCUUCCCCUCAUUUCCCUCCUCACUGUGCCCUCCGCAGGCCUCCCUGCUCUACUAUUCUCUCUCUUGUUACCUUCCCUGCCGUCCCCCAACGCUGGAAGCGAUCUCAAUGUGCUUUUCCUCACAUGCCCUCCAAGCCUGCUUCUCCUCACUUCUCCCCCUGA